CGCAAAACGCCAGUCGAAAUUUCAUCGUGAUCGUGGGUUGUGGCAGCUGUCUACUUCAAUGCACCAUUUCCCUGGUGGUCAUCAUGGCUUUUUGGUGGCAUAAUAGAACUUGGUUGAACUUUCUUAAGAUUCAGUGCUGCGUUGCGAUUGUAGCGGCUAUGGCUACUUUUAUCUAUGCUUUACAUUCGGAUGUUCCUAAGGAUAAUUUGUCCAUUGUUGCGAUGUCUUUGGAGACUUUUUUACUAAUGAGUAUAUCAUCACCCAUUUCUCAAGCAUUGAUAAUUUAUGCUGAAAUUUCCAAUUUUCAUCCAAGUCAACAGCUUCAGCCAAUGGUGAUUGCAGUCAUUACUGGAGUUCCAAUUUUAGCGAUAUUAAGUACCGAAUUAACGCGUAAAACUAUUGGAUGGAAACAUGAAUCAUGGUGGAUAAUUUUUGGAACAGGAGCAUAUAACAUCUUUGUCAUGUGUUCAAUAGCUUUGUUACUCACGUUUUUGUUACUGUACAUUGCUAUCAUUCAAAAAACCAAAAAUUUGUUGAAAAAUUUUUCGAAAAAAGAUGUAUUUAAAUUAAGGAUAAAAAUGUUACAUUGCUCAGCAUUGGUUAUUUUUGGCAUCGUAACAAUGGAAAUAUCUUCUAUCGUGUACAUCAACUCAUCAUCCAUCAUUUACCACUAUAUUUUUGCAUUUCAUUCAGCUCUCUUGGGGUUUAUAAUUCUUAUGGUUUACGUAGCAUGUAGUGAUGUACUAAUUAUGACUCCAAGUCUUAAAAAAUUGAAAAGACACAUGGAGUCCGAAAAUGAUGUUUCAACGGAACAUCAUACAAAGGCUGUUCGCUUUCACGGGGUACCGGAGCUAGAUAGAGAAUUAUCGUCCUCAUCGGCGUCGGCAGUUACGCAGUUGCCGGCUGGAACGACGUAUUUGCUCGCUGGCGUUUGCGAACCAGUGGCCGUGUAUCCGGAAGCUCGAGGAGUCGCUGUAGGCAUCGACGCUCGCGACUACAGCGGAGGCGAGGUCGGCUCCACCUACACGCCUCACAUUGGACUUCCUGAGAUCCAAAUCCAUCGAGUCGAUGAAAGAUACUUGGAAAAUGUCACGGCGUCUGGGAGUAAUUGCGCCAGUGUACGCACCAACACCGACAGCUACACCCUCGGUGGAAAGCAGCGCUGCGACGUCACUGCCCAGACUGAGUCUCAAGCUUUUUUUGGCAGUCUCGCCAUGCCUCCGGCUCCUGAACCUUAUGCUACAGUAUUACCAGAGCCAACGCGUAAAGAUAUGUCUAGUCUACCUAGUUUGCAGCAAUGCAACAUUAUGAACAGUCAGCAUCGACAUCACCAGCACCAUCAACAUUACCAACAUCAACACCAUCACCAUCACCAGCAUCAUCAGCAUCAUCAAUAUCCAUCGGUGGAAUUGCAUCAAUUGCACCAGCAUCAGCCUCGCCAAGCGCCGUCGAAGUUAGGCUCUCAAGGUCUUCAGUCGAUAAUGAAACACCACCAUCUGCCCAGUCAAACAAGCCAACAUCAACAAAUGCAGCAGCAAAUGCACAUAGAAACGUGUUUAGCCAUGCCCGACGUGACUCUAGCCAUCAACGGGCCCGAAGUUGCCGAGCUGCUAAGUAAGAAGCAGCCGCUCUUCAUUGUGCCGGCACCCGAUGAAUCAUUAUACAUUCAACAAGUGCCUGGCACGACCGAUGAGUCUAGCGAGGUUCCCGAAAAGAUGCCCGAUAUCGCCAAUAUGAAUGAGCGAAAGCAGCCCGACGGCGAGGCCAAGGUGGUGCUUGUUAAGCCCGAAAUCGUUAUCGAAGAAUGUGUCGUCGUCGGCAGCAAUGACCUUCACCAUAUUCAUCAGCCUAAUGGUAAUAGUCAUUAACUAAUAAAAAGCUGUAUACUAUUAUUACAUAUAAUUAGGCUGUGAAUGAAACAUGUAUUAUAUACCUACUAAAUAUUAUACCGUUUAUAUUAUUUAUUAAAUUUCGAUGCUAAGUACGAGAGUUCUUACGAUUUCAAUUAAUAUUCAUUUUACUAAAAGUUAGUCUGAUUUAUUGAUCAAUCGAAGUAUGAGCGAAACGCGUUUGAUUGGAAAUAAAAUAAGUUAUUUAUCACAUGGGAACAUUUUCUGUUAAAAAUCUCAUUGAAAACGUUACUGAAAAAACAUUAGAAUCUAUACAAAGAAAAAAGUUAAAUAAAAUGGGAAUGUGAUAUAUUGAUGCGAGUUGUGAAUCAAAAAUUUAAGGUAAAAUAUUUUAAAACAACGAAAAUUUACUAACGUUUUGUUAUUGUGUCUGAUCCAAGCGUGUAUAAUUGUUACGAAUACAAUUUUUGAGUAAACACACGCUGGUGCGUUACUGAAUGUAAAUAUUACAACUAGAAAUUCAAAAAAUGUUUUGUAUAUAACUGUAAAAUUUUCAUAAAUUUAGACAUACUGUGUAAAAAUUUUACGAAUCUUUAUAAGGAAAAGUUUUCCGACGUAAUACAGUUUACUUAUAUUGUUGUAAUUAAAUGUUUCUGAUUUUAUAUGUUGUUGUAAUAUUUUAGAGCAUGUUUAAAAAAUUGAUUUUGUUAGUAUUAAAGUUUAUGCAGUAUGCUUUUUAUUGCAUACUUUUAACUAAACUGGAGAAAGUAUA